UGUUAAGUGUGCACGCGACGGUGCUUUUCUGGCAUCACUGAUACUACCCAAGUACACACGUUUUCAAUAGUACGAAAUGACUUUUACGUUUGUUUUGGCACAAACUUUAAGAAAUGUUCCAAAUAGAAUUCCAACAUUUCUAUAUCGCCGAGUACAAAGUACCAAGGCAUUUACUUCUAACGAGGAAACAGCGAAUGUGACACCUGAUAAAGAUUUGCCAACGAUUUCCGAAAAUCCGUUUAAGAGAGAGCCAAAACUAUGUAUUUUAUGUAAAUUCAAGAUAGAACCAGAUUUUAAAAAUGUACGUUUAUUGUCACAAUUUCAAAGUCGUUACACAGGUAGAAUUUAUGGAAAACAUAUAACUGGAUUAUGCGAUCAUAAACAAAAGAGGGUGGAACAAGAAAUAGUGAAAGCACAAAAUGCAGGUUUAAUGGGCUAUAUGACAAAAGAUCCUAAAUAUGUCUAUGAUCCUAAAUUGUUUGAUCCAUAUUUUCCAUUCAAACCACAUCCACAUUAAAUAUAGAAUGUAAGAUGUCAAAGCAUUAUAAAUUUCAUUGUAUCGUACCC